AUGACACGCCGGUCAUUCACGGGAUAUUGCAUCUUUCUUGGUAACGCACUGGUGUCCUGGAAAAGCAAGAAGCAAGUUAUAAUUGCGCGAUCAUCUGCCGAAGCUGAAUAUCGUUCAAUGGCUGCAGCUACAUGUGAACUCACUUGGUUAAGAUAUCUAUUGCAUGAUCUGCGUGUUACUCAUGCUGAAUCUGCAAAGUUGUUUUGUGAUAAUCAAGCUGCCCUAUAUAUUGCAGCAAAUCCAGUGUAUCACGAACAAACCAAACACAUUGAGCUCGAUUGUCACACCGUUCGUGAAAGAAUAGAAAGAGGUGAGAUCAAGACUGGAUAUGUGCAAACUGGAGAACAAAUAGCAGACUUGUUUACCAAGCCAUUGAGGGCACCUGCAUUCUGUUCACUUCUUGGCAAGUUGGGUGUCAUCAAUAUCCACCUUCCAACUUGA